GACCCGGGAAUUCCGAAGGCGGGGUCGGGAUUGCCCGCGCGCGCUGGCCGUGCCCCUUCCUGGUCCGAAUUACUGGCUGUCAAACAGCCGCGGAGCGCCGGCCCGGGCCGGAGCCCGAGGGUCCCGGACGCCGCACAGGCCAGCGGUGUUUGAAGAGACCCCUCCGAGACUGCACCGCGCGAUUGAAGUCUCCUGGAAUACUUUGCGGCCUGAGGUUCCGAUUCAUCCAAGGUGCCAUAGGACGUGUCCGGUUUUUGCACUGCCUCGGGACUUUCCCCAAACUUUUCAGCUUUGAAGCGUCUUGACAGCCAAUUUUGCAUCGCGUGCCUAGGAUCCUUGUACUCUGAAUUUGCACUGCUCUGGGACUGUGCUUCAAAGUUGAAAUUGCACAAAGCAUAGCUCAAGUUUGCAUCAGACAGAAAGUGAACCUAGGCUACCGUGCAUGGCUCAGGAGUUUGGAAAGGUGAUGAAUCCCUGAAGUGGAAGAGGUGGUGUGGAGUGGGCACUGCCCAUGCUGCCCUGCUUCCAGCUGCUGCGAAUAGGGGGCGACGGGGGCGGUGACCUCUACACUUUCCACCCUCCAAGCGGGACUGGCUGUACCUAUCGCUUGGGCCGCCAGGCCGACCUGUGUGAUGUGGCCUUGCGGCCCCAACAGGAGCCUGGCCUCAUCUCUGGAGUCCAUGCGGAACUACACGCUGAGCGCCAGGGUGAGGACUGGAGAGUCAGCCUGGAGGAUCACAGCAGCCAAGGGACUUUAGUCAACAAUGUCCGACUCCCAAGGGGUCACAGGAUAGAAUUGAGUGAUGGUGACCUUCUGACCUUUGGCCCCGAAGGGCCCCCAGGAACGAGCCCCUCGGAGUUCUACUUCAUGUUUCAGCAAGUCCGAGUGAAACCUCAAGAUUUUGCUGCCAUUACCAUCCCACGGUCUAUGGGAGGAGGAGGAACUGGAGCUGGUUUCCAGCCCAUUCUGCCCCCCCAGGGGGCUCCACAGCGUCCCCUCCUCACUCUGUCUCCUGCACCAAAAGCCACACUGAUCCUCAACUCUAUAGGCAGCCUCAGCAAGCUCCAGCCCCAGCCUCUCACCUUCUCCAGGAGUGAACCACAGAGCCUGCCUGCUCACACUCUCCCUGGGGAAAAGGGGAUCACCCCUUCUGCCCCAAACCCAAGAAAUAGGAGGAAAUCUGCUCAUCGAGUGCUGACAGAAUUGGAUGAUGAGAGAGAGUCUCCUGAGAGCCCCCCACCAGUCCUUAGAGAGCCCAGGAAGAAAGUUGUCGAGAAGACCCCACUGACACCCAGUGGAAAUCAACCUUGGCAUCCUCUGAAGCACCUAGUGAGCACCUACAUGACUCCCCCUGCUGUUGGGGGAGGGGAGCCCCGUGCAGCCCCUUGUUGCUGCCUUCCUGAGACAGUGGCCUGGGUUCCUGACAGAUGUGAUAUCUGGUUCCAUAUGGCCUGUAUUGGCUGCAGCAUCCAGGCUGUCAGGGAGGCUGACUUCAGGUGCCCAGGGUGUCACAUGGGUGUCCAGACCUAAGGCUGACCACCAAGGGGCCAGAGGACAGAGCUGGUACCUCCAGGCCAUGAGGGAGACACAGUGGAAUGCCAGCAGG